AAUAAUGAUAGACAAGCAUCGUAGCUCUCCAGUCUUUGUGCCGGAAAACAGAUUACAAUGCAUAUAGGAAUCCAAGAAUCCCCCGAGCCCAAAGGAGAUCCAACCAGCGGCGGGGAACCAAUCAGAACAGGGACGGUAUGGAGUGCGGUUGCUCAUAUAAUCGCAGCGGUCAUAGGAGCGGGCGUUCUGUCCCUGGCGUGGAGCACAGCUCAGCUCGGGUGGAUUGGAGGGCCCGUUGCUCUCCUCUGCUUUGCUGUGGUCACCUACGUGUCGGUCUCCCUUUUGGCCCUCUGUUACAGGUCACCUGACCCUAUAACCGGAAGGCGAAACCCUUCCUACAUGGACGCCGUCGGAUCUUAUCUUGGGAGGAAGAGGAGAAUGAUGUGUGGGUUGCUUCAGUAUGGGUUGAUGUAUGGGACUUGCGUGGCCUAUGUAAUCACUACGUCUACCAGCAUGGGGGCGAUCAAGAGAUCAAACUGUUACCACAAGGAAGGGCACGGAGCGAAUUGCGAUUACGGAGACACCGCAUUUAUGGUGGUUUAUGGGGUGAUUGAGAUAUUGAUGUCGCUGAUACCUAAUUUUCACGGCAUGGCAUGGGUGUCCAUUGUUGCUGCAAUCAUGUCUUUUGGCUACGCUUCCAUUGGACUUGGCCUUGGAUUUGCCACUGUUGUUGAAAACAGGGUUGUUAAAGGAAGCAUAACAGGAAUAGCAACAAAAACUACUACUAAGAAGGUUUGGUUAACAUUUCAAGCAUUGGGAGACAUUUCGUUUGCAUAUCCAUAUGCUCUUAUUGUCCUCGAAAUACAGGAUACUUUGAAGUCACCUCCAGCAGAAUACCGGACCAUGAACAAGGCGUCAUUGGUAGGGAUAAUAAUCACGACUUUCUUCUAUGUGUGCUCCGGAUGCUUUGGAUAUGCAGCUUUUGGUAGUGACACACCGGGGAACCUCUUGACCGGGUUUGGUUUCUACGAGCCAUAUUGGCUUGUUGAUGUUGCUAAUGCUUGCAUUGUAGUACAUCUAGUUGGAGGCUAUCAGAUAUACAGCCAACCAAUCUACGCAUUUGUUGAGAAUUGGCUUGCCCAAAUUGUGCCCCAGACCAGAUUUGUUACAAAAUCAUAUGCUCUAAAGCUUCCGUCAAUGCCAGUCCUACAAUUGAAUCUUGCCCGGAUAUGUGUAAGAAUCGCGUACGUCGCAUCAACAGUGGGCGUUGCAAUUUUGUUUCCUUACUUCAAUGAAGUCGUGGGAAUUUUGGGAGCAGUGACAUUUUGGCCAUUGGCCAUAUAUUUCCCAGUUGAAAUGUAUCUUGUGCAAGGGAAAAUUAGACCUUGGACAAAAAAGUGGAUUUGUCUUGAGACUUUCAGUGUGAUUUGUUCGUUUGUAUCGAUAGUGGGUUUGAUCGGUUCAAUUGAAGGGAUGAUAAGCGCAAAACUCCAUUGAAAUAACCACUGGUGUACUAUAUUUGUACAAUAGUAGAUAAAGCUUAAAGCACAAAUAAUAUAUAUGUUCACAAGAAGUUAUGCAAGAAAUAAGCAUUGGGAUU